GAAGCUUUCCCGUUGUUGCUGCGGGCAACACAGACUGCUAGGGGUGAUAGCUUAAUGGUAAAUUCGUGCACUUUGUUUUUAAUGGUUGAGUUUGGUUUAAGCUACAUACUAAUGUAACAUACUGAUGCGAUUUGUGUGAACUUAGUUAUGGGUUUCUUCUCAAAAUGUCGGAGACUCGAUCUCAUUCAAAACCGGGCAAACCUUAGCUAACAGUGCAGAUCCAUGUGUGUGUUUGCCGCUACCAAUCCAGCCAGGUCUGCCCCUGUGCCACCACAGCUGGCUGACAUGGACCACCAUGAAAACCAGAUAUAGUACAACAAGGCUAAUGGGUUUAAAGCUGCUGAUAACGUGGCUAAUGCACGAUGUUAUGGUCUGGGAAUUAUCCAAUAAUGAAUAAAAUUAGAUUCAUCGAAAUUAAGGUUGUCUCCAACUCCCAUUCUUCUGCUAUCACUCCAACGGGGACCUAAGAUCCAUCAGUCUUAACUGAACCUUGAAUUCUUCUGCGAGAAACUGGAAAGUAAAUAUCCCUUGCCAUGCGGAUCAGUCUCUGCCAGGGCCUGUUAACUGGCGCCAUCAUCCUCAACCUCCUCAUCCUCUACUAUGUGUCCCGAGCCCAGCAGCAAAUGAUGGAGAAGAGGAAGGAACUGGGCAGGGGCACAAGGAGGUCUGCCCUGCCGGCUUCUGGUCUAGGGGGAGGCCUGGGGGCUCUUGUAGGAGCUGGGGGUGAGCCUGGAGUAGUUGGAGGGGAGGGACACGGCCGUGGCCCACGUGUGACUGUUCUCCUUCGUGAGUUUGAGAACUUUGAGAACUAUGUUGGAGAUGUUGCUACUUCUUUUCUCCACCAGAGACCUGAACUUCCCUUCCUGGCCGUGGCUGACACCUCUCCGUACCCUCCCUUGGUGCUUCCAGAAGGGGCUCGGCUUUUGGUGCUCUCCCCUUCCCCGGACCAGCCCCCGCAAGCCCACAGGCCAGAAUUCCACGUUCAGACAGAGUUUGUGCUGCUGGUCCCUGAUGGGGUGGAGUUGGAGCAACCUCGGGCUAUUGAGAGGCUGAUCAGGGAGUUAGAAGGUGAGGGUGGAGGGCCCGUGAGGCUGGUAGCUGCACCCGUGCUGGCUCGAACUGCUGUGCAGUGCCUCCACCUGCGUGUAAACCUCAGAGAGUGGACGGCCACCUACUCGCCAGCUGCAUCUGGGAGCAGCGGGAGCGUGUGCACGGCUUUACAAGGAGAUGCAGUUGUCCUCAUUCGAACUGAGGAUCUUUUUAACCUCUCUGUCCCUCUUGGACGGCCUCUCUUCUCCUCGCUGUUCGUCCAGACCGCCUUGAGAGGCUGGAAGGUCAAGCUGCUGGAGAGUCCCUGUUUCUCCGCAACCCACCGCCCCCUCUUUAGCUCCGCUCACAACCAGUGGAAGGCCGAUACUCGUCUGAAGGAGGCCACUGGGAAGCUCAUGAGGAGCUUUGGUCUUAAGCGCCUCCUGCAGCCUGAUGGGAGGGAGCAGUGGUUUGGCUGCAGUAAAGAGACACCUCGCUGCUUCGGCACUGUGCAGGACGACACUCCGGACUACCUCUAUCUGGAUCGCUGGACGCCUCCCUGCUGUUUGCGAGCUCUCAGGGAAACCACCAAGUAUGUUAUCAACAUCCUUGAGACCUCAGGUGUGCGCUACUGGCUAGAGGGGGGGACUCUGCUGGGCGCCGUCCGCCACCAGGACAUCAUCCCAUGGGAUUACGAUGUGGACCUGGGCAUCUACCUGGAGGACAUACCCAACUGCGAUCACCUGAAGAACCUGGACUCAGGCUCUCUCGUGGAUGCUAACGGCUACGUCUGGGAGCGCGCGGUGGAGGGCGACUUCUACAGAGUCCAGUACAGCGAAGCCAACCACCUGCAUGUCGACCUGUGGCCAUUCUAUCCACGCAACGGCGUCAUGACUAAAGACACAUGGACGGAGCACAAGCAAGAUGUGGAGUUCCCAGAGCACUUCCUGCAGCCACUGGUGCCCAUGUCCUUUGCCGGCAUCUCUGCCUACGGCCCCAACAACCACCGAGCCUUCUUGGAGCUCAAGUUUGGAGAGGGGGUUGUUGAGAACCCCCAGUAUCCCAACCCUGCAAAAAAGAGGCUAGACAGAAGCAAGUUAUGAGAGAUGAUAAAGACUCUCCUAUGAUUAACUGUACAGCACAGAAUAUCUUGCCUGAUUUAAAAAAAAAAAAAAAAAAAGCCUAGUCGAUGAUGCCUGGAAACUAAAAGGUGCCAAAAGGACUGCAUUUUACCAAAGUCCAUACACUAGUGUGUUUAUAUCAGGCAUACCAUAAAGAGUCAAAGACUGGUUUUAUGAAAUGGUGUACCAAUCUAUAUGUGUAUUGUAAAGUCUGAAUAUGACUGAUGUAAAGAUGAUGAAUACUUCUAAGUAAUGAUGCUUUCUUGUUAAAAGAGACAUUCUGCUCAUUUAUAGGUUCUUAAUUUUAUUUUGGAUUACUACUAGAAAAAGAAUACAGGCUUUAAGGCACCAGUUUCCUUUAUACUGUCCAGUACUACAGCACUGUGUUCCCCCUUUGUCUGAACACACACUUUUAGCUCCUGUCUAUUUAAGGCCUCCCCUCCCAGAUAACCAGUCUUCUCUGAUUAGUCUGCUCACACACGCCUGAGCCAGCAUCAAUAACAGCAACAGAGCAGUUUUGCUAAAUUAAUGUGUACAUGCCAAAGUUGAUGCUUCAACAUAAUUUAAGCAAAUGCAUGACACGGUGACAAAGCGUGAUGUCACAAAGUAACGGAAAUAGAGGCGGCACUAUACUGACGAGGCAUUGCAGGAGCAGCGCUUUCUGUGUGGUAGAAAGGAGCUUCUUAGUGUGGCCUUUGGGCUUUUUUAACUUUCAAGAUGUUUAACACGCACAAGAACCUAUACAAAAUGCUGAUGGAAAGCUAAAAACUAAAAAGCAUAUUAUGUCUACUUUAAAAGCCACAAUGUACAAUAUCUCAAGUGGGAUUUAAGGUUUUGUACAGAACUAUUUAAAAAGCGGUUUUGCCCUAACAGGUGUUUUAUGAAUUUCUUGUCUCAACUGUGUUGCAUUGAUUUGCACUAAUACUUUAGGUAUUGCACAUUUUGUGAAUGAAUGUUUCUGUUUAUUGACGCCAGCUGUAGUAUGAGGAGUUACUUUCCAUUUGGUGACAUGAGAAACACACAGUCAUCCCAUCCCAUUGUUUUUGGCAUAUGAGGAUGAUGAAAAUGUUGCUCUAUCAGGGCAUGCUAAUUACUUAAAAACAUCCAAUGUUAACAGAAUCUGUAAGUCAGUAUUAACUGGUAGCUCAAUUAUGUAUUGACUGAAACUGAAUUUCAAUUCGGUAGAUUUACAGAAAAUAUUUAAAAAGAGAAGUUGCACACAGCCUCUCUGGGUUGUAUCCUCUCGUGUUGUUACGUGUGUGUGAUGUAUGAAGGUCACUCCAAUUCAUGACCUGUUAAAAUAAAGGAGUUGUAAUAUGUGAAUGUGUUUAUUUUAUGCAUUUGCUAUGUAGGACUUGUGGCCAAAGCAUUGCUCAGUGGAGUGAAUGUACAAAUAUUGUGGCAAUUCUAUUUGAACACUAGGUGGCACAACUUGACAAGCCUCCGCACUAA